AUCAUACAUCAUCAACAUGCCGGCCCCUAAGGCUGUCGCCGCCGUCCGCUCUCCCCGCGAAAUACCUCAUAUUCGCAAUCCAUAUCCCCCUAGCUGGUCGCAGAGCCAGCGAAACCUAUUCCGCCCUCUUCCAAGGUGUUGCCUGCCAUGGCUACCUUAGGAACCCAGACUCCGCCAAACGGAUCGAUCGGCGCACCCCUGAAGGCCUCCGCACACAUGCAUGGGAGCAUUGUAGAUGGUGCUGCCGAUAUGCGAUGUCCCGACCCUUCCGCGCACAAGACAAAGAACACCACACUACAAGACCAUGCGUCCGCCGCCGCCUUGUACAGCACAAAUUCUGCGAAGGCGAACCGCAACCCGCUUGGAGCCGACGGCAAGCUUUCUUCAGCUAGCGCCGCAACCAGCCUCAAGCACGCGCAGGCGCAUGACUUGCCCAGCUUCCCUUCGCACGGCAUCGACACCCGCACCUCUGCCGGCGCAGCCGCAAACCUAGCUACCGCAAACUUCAAGAGCCCAUCGUAUCCCAAAGCGACGCCCACGUCUGCAGCUGCGGGGAAGGCCGCGCUUUUGGCGAACGAUUACAAGAUGGACCCACUAUGGCAGCCCACAGCCAGCGCAGCAGGUUCCAAGGCAGCUUUGCUUGCGCACAGAGAUGGCGUGAACUUGAACCUUUGGAAAGCUGAACCUUCUGCUCACGGUCACUCUGCAGCGAACAUCGCGAUGGCCAAGAAAGGACUGGGACCUCAGGCCGACUGGAGCAAUGCGGAAGAGGGGAGAAAGAAGGCUCUAAUCGCAGCUACGGGCGCGACCUCAGAGACGAGACGAAAGCGAGCUCAGUCGAGCCCUGCCUCGCCACCGUUGUACCCCGAUGCGCAGAAUUCCGCGAAGAACGCUCUGAGUGCGGCUACCAUAUCACACAGUGCGUCUAUGAGGAAACCGCAAGUCACAGCUACCACUAUCACCGACUCAAACAGGUUGGGAUCUGAAGCUAUGGAAGCUGCUCGGAUCCAACACUCCAAAGUCUCUCGCGAGAUGUACACCGACCGUCCUCCUGUGGCCUUGGAAGUGGAAGAGAAGAAACGGAACGACGCGCUCCGUGCGUCAGCGAUUUCAAUGGCCAAGAAAAUGAUGGACGUGCAAGAGAAGAACAAGUCCGCUGGACACGCCAACUCUGGAGCCAUUGCUGCUCAGAAACAGCAGCCCCACGUGAGAGGCGAGGACAACCUCAAGCAGGAGGCCAUGCGCUACAUUGGUAUCCAGGAAGCCGCGCAGAAACUCGCCGCUGAGCGACUGGCAAAGAUUGGCCCGGAUGAGGCAUCGCAGUUUCGAAGUUACUAUGGGUACGAGAAGCAGUCGCGGAAUAGAUUGUCGAUACGCCGUGGGCGAAACCGAGCCAAUAGCAACCCCGAACGAGGCGACUCCGACUCGGAUGAUGAUGAGUUCCAGUCGCGGCGGAUACGUGCGCAGAUGUCUCAGCUCAACAAGGGUAUCGCUCAGGUUGACGAGAAGAAGCGCGAGCAAGACCGCAGAUACCUGAUGGAGGCAGCGCAGCGCAAGGUCGCUCUGCAGAUGGCCGGCAUCGACAAGCAAGUGUACGACAAGACGGGCAAAUUCUCUCCCUCCAUGGUAGAAGAAUGGGACGCCAAAGCUCGAGCGCGGGCGUCGGCAAACAGCGAAGCACGCAUGGAGAACCACGGAAAGGUCCACAUCGGCCACGGUAAGUAUAUGGACCAGUCCGAGAUCGAUGCGAUUGCACAAGCUAGGAUGCAGCCGACACUGGAUGAGAUCAAUGAGAAGACGGAAAAGCGAUUUGCGCAAGAAGAGGAGCGAAGACUGGAAUUGGCAGAGGAGAAGCGCCAGCAGCAGAUUGAACAUGAGCGUGCUGCUGAGAUCAAGGCCGAGGAGAAAAACUCCAAGGCCGAGGAGAAGAGAGCACUCAAAGCCAAGGCAGCCGAAGAGAAAGCAGCUGCCAAGCAGGAGAAGGCAGCUGAAAAGGAGAAGAAAGCGGAAGAGAAGCGGCUAGCAAAGGAGCAGAAACGGAAGUCUCGCGAAGCGCCAGCGGAGCAUGUGCCUGCGGCGACGGGUGGAGCUGCACUGGGCACAGCGGCAAUGAGCGGAGGAGCUGCUACAACUGGUACCGCCACUUCUCCGACAGGAGAUGUCGCCUCGCCCGCUGCCACUCGUACCCUCGUCGAUGAGGACGAGCACUACCCUGAUGCCACCCGAGCCGAGCGAACAUCUGUUGAGGAGCCUGUGGCAGCCCGCGCAUCUACGACCGAGGACGAAGCGACGGCCGCACGCCCCUCGACAGCCACGGAGGACGCUUCGACUUCUCCAACCUCGCCCACGUCACCAUCAAAGAAACGCCUGACGGGCCUCUUCGGCAAGUUCAAGCGGCGCUCCAAGGCCACGCCCGAGCCCGGCUUCAUCGGCGGCGUUUCUCUGCGCAACUCGGAAUCCAACCCUCGGUCCAACCAGGAGGCGGGCGAUGGCAACGUGAUCCCGAAUCACAUCCCAAACGCCAAAGGCGAGUUUGGACGCCGCCACUCCGACAUCUCUUCGCUGUCCGCCGACUCGUCGCGAGGCCGGCCCAUUGAGCGCACAGCGACGCAGGAGAGCAAGGUGUCGCAGCUGAGCGAGUAUGAAGAGGCCAGGGACACGUUCAACGAGAAUCUCGCGCCGCCGCCGAGUUUUCCGACGGAUGUGAAUGCGAGGAAUAGCGGGAGUCCGGUGCGGGACUCGAAGUUCCGCGAGGUGCUGUGAGGGAGAUUGAUGCUUUUCAUUUAGUGCACGCGUUACGACGGCAUGAUCAGUGCCCCUACGUUUGUUUUGUUUGUACAGGCGUGUCUGUGGGAUGCUGGGAGCCGGUUCCGUGGGCUCAGGGGAUGGGUAAUGGGUGGACGUUAUAUCCGAUGCGGUGCGAACAAUGCAGUAUUUCUGUCC